GCUUGGUUUACUAAACAGCGAAAUGGUUUAAAGACAAUAUUAACGCCAGAAUAUUCGCACCAUUUUAACGCCAUAUACAUAGUGGCGUUAACUUAUUUUUUCUCCAGAAAAUUGUCAAUGGGAGGGACAGGAAAUAUCCCAUAACAUAGUUUUACCCAUAAUUCAUGUUGCCAUUCCUGACAGGAAAAGACAGUAGUGACAGGAGAAGAGAGAAGUGGCAGGAGAAGAGAAGGAGAACGAGAUGUUUUGGGUUGUGCUUUUGGCUGCGGCUGCAGCAUCUUUUAGAGGUGAUAGGCAAAUUAUGGCAAGGAGGGACAGGCUUCGUCAGCCUAGACGGUUUCGACCACGCUCUGUACUAGAAGAGCUGAGUGACUCUGAUGUCAGGGAGUUGUUCCGUCUGAAUAGGCAAGCUAUACAAGCUUUGUAUAUUUGCAUAGCUCAGGAACUCGAGCCACUGACUGGUCGCUCACAGGCUAUUCCAGGCAUAGUUAAAUUGCUGGCAGUUUUGCAUUUCCUUGGUACAGGCAAUUUUCAGCCAUCUGUUGCAAGGGUGAUUGGGCUAAGUCGCUCUUCGUUUUCUCGACUUUUGAAACCUGUCUUGAGAGCUAUAGUGCAACAGUCCCCAAAAUUUGUCUGUUUCCCAUCAACCCCAGAACAGUGGCAGGAAUUGAAAACUGGUUUUUAUAACCUAGGAGGCAUGCCCAAUUGCAUUGGUGCAAUAGACUGCACACACAUUUUAUUAACACCUCCUCAUGCUACUGAAGAACAAUUUCGGAACAGGAAGCAUACACAUUCGUUGAAUGUCCAGGUUGUUUGUGACUCCCAUCAACGGAUUAUGAGUAUUCACUCUGGUUUUCCCGGGAGCUGUCACGACUCAUACAUUUUACGGCAGUCAGCUCUGUUUGACCGUUUUCAGCUUGGACUCAUGCCAGAGGGCUGGUUGGUUGGAGAUGCAGGAUACGGAAGUAAACCCUGGCUUCUGAUUCCUGUAUCUAAUCCCAGGACACUGGCGGAACUAAAAUUUAAUACAUCCCACAUAAAGACAAGAGGAGUUAUUGAGCGGACCUUUGGAGUCCUCAAAUCUACUUUCCGUUGUCUUUCUAAAUCUGGUGGAUGCCUGCAGUAUUCUCCAGAAACGGUUUCUCUGAUAAUUCAGGCAUGUGCGGUUCUGAACAAUCUGGCUUUGGAUCAUGGAGUGGUUCUGGAAACUAAUGAGGAACUUCCUCCUGAAAUUCCCGGUUACCCUGCACUUUCCCAAGAUUCAAGUGAUGAAGGGAAACGUGUGAGAUCGCAUCUCAUCACAUCAUUUUUCCAGUGAAUGUGAUUUCCAGUUUAUUUUUGAUCUACGAUUGGAACCUGUAAAAAGUUCAAGUUUCAAAUUUAAAAUUUCUACUUUACCUUCUACGAAGUACAGAUGUUUUAAGUGAUUUUAACAGUUUCUUGGCAAGUUGGGUUGAACCAGAAUGUUACAAUUUCAAGCACAAGAAGCAGCAGAGAUCUUUAUGUUUAAAG